GUGUGUGUGUGUGCGGUGUGUGUGUGCAGUGUGUUGGAGGGGGAAUGAGGAUCAGCGCAGUGUUUCCAGACCGGACUGAGGACUCACACAGACGCGGCACAGCGGCCUCACAGCCUGCAGGUACAGCUGAGGAGUGAAUGAGGGAAUGAGUGCAGGGCUGUGUGUGUGAUGGCGUCCGAACCCCUGAGCCUCCUGCUCUCUGCGUUCGCGCUGACCCUGCUGUUCGCUGCAGCAGGUGUGGUCAGUGCAGGUGAGGAUGAAUACACCUGGCCUCCACAGAAGCUUCCUCUCCUGCGCUUUAAGCAGACCAUCCGACUGGGCAGCUCCAGCUUCACGGCCGAGGGGCAGAACGAGCUAAAUGGGAUGUGUGGGAUCGAGUGCCAGCAGGGGCUUCCAAAACCCAGCCUGGAGGACCUGGAGCACAUGCUGUCCUACGAAACCAUGUACGCUAACGGCACACGGACUCUAACCCCAGUUAGCCUGCAGGAUGGUACCGAGCUCAGCGGCACAGCUCCAAAUUCUUCCUCGUCCAGUUUACGGCACAAGAGGGAGGUUUAUGGCCCAGAUACUCGCUUCACCAUCUCUGACAAGCAGUAUUCCCUGAAAUACCCGUUUUCCACUUCAGUUAAAAUCUCCACCGGCUGCUCCGGAGUGCUCGUUUCCCCCAGACACGUGCUAACAGCUGCCCACUGCAUCCACGAUGGCUCAGACUACCUGAAGGGGGCGCAAAAGCUGAGUGUGGGAAUCCUCAGGAAGGGAAGGAAGGGCAAAGGUCGUGGGAAAGGAGGAGGGAAGAGGAGGCGAGGGAAGGAGAGAGAGGAGGAGCAGGAGGGAGAGGAGGGAAAAGGAGGGAAGAAGAAAGAGGAGCGCAAAAAGGCAAAAGGACGAAAGAGCCGCAGCAAACGCAGCGUAAAGGCCGAAGGAAUGUCCUUUCGCUGGACGCGGGUCAAACAAAUGCAGGUGCCUAAGGGCUGGUUCAAGGGCGUGUCAGAAGGCGCUGCAGCGGAUUAUGAUUAUGCCGUAUUGGAGCUGAAGAGGGCGCAGAAAAGUCGCCACAUGGACCUGGGCAUCGUCCCCUCGAUCAAAAAACUCCCGGCUGGCCGUGUCCACUUCUCGGGCUUCGAUGAUGACCGGCCCGGUAACCUGGUGUACCGUUUCUGCUCCGUGUCUGACGAGUCCAACGACCUGCUGUAUCAGUACUGUGACGCCAAGCCCGGUUCCAGCGGUGCCGGAGUGUACGUGCGGCUGAAGGAACCCGGCAGCAAGAGGAAAUGGAAACGGAAGGUCAUCGGGGUGUUUUCGGGCCAUCAGUGGGUGGACGUGAACGGGCAGCAGCAGGAUUACAAUGUGGCCGUGCGAAUCACACCAUUAAAGUUCGCACAGAUCUGCCACUGGGUGCACGGAGAUUCUGGGCAGUGCCAGAACGUCUGAGGCAGUGAGACUGACCACCCCUCUGUCCACCCCAGCUUUUACCCUGGUGGUUCCCAGCCCUCAUCCUGGAGGACCCCAGCACAGUUUUGACAUAUUACAGAGUUGAAAUGGACUUUUUUUUAUGGUAAUGUAACACAGACCUGUAGCCGGAUAAACACAAUUUUCAAUGGGAAAAAAAAAAACAACUUUUAAAGACUCAAAACAUCAUAAAGACGUUUAUAAGAACCGGCUUAAAUGCAGUGCUUGAAAAAAGAGAUGUUCUCAGAUAUUCUCCACUUUUGGUUCUCUAAAGAACCAGUCUGGUAAAUGAGGCGUGCAAGUGAACUGCUUUAAAGAACCGACAUGCAGUCAUAUGCAAAACUUUAUGCACCCCUGGCCAAACGGCCUUUUGUUGAUCUUCUAAGUGAAAACACUUCAACACGGUGUUUCUCCGCAAACCUUGGUUCUAUUUAUUUGCUGAGUUUAGCAUAUUGGGGGGAAAAAAUAAAACACACAAUAUAAAAUGUGCCGUAGCACAAUUUACACUAUUUUUUCCCCAGUUUUCUCAGUCCAGCUGAUAAACAGCUGUGUUAAAUAUGCAGAUGUUCUCUAUCGAUAUGGCAAAUCAACAAAACAUGAUCGGGGUGCUUAAGCCUUUGAUAAAGUUCUCUAGCAAUUAAAUUGGUUUUCCUAGAAGGCCAAGAACCAUUUAGGAACCUUUAUUUUGAAGAGCGUAGUGUUAUAAAGUUGAUAUAUCUAAUAUUUCUCAUUGUGACAUUAGUGUUUGUGCUGAUUAUGAUAUUUAACUGAUUUCUAGACAUUAUUCACUCACUUUUGACAAUUUAUUGAGUAAAAUAAUCCCACCAUUGUGGUUGCUGAUUUAGCUGCUUUCAAGCUCAUUUCUUAAAACAUUGUCUGCCAACGUUGUGAGAAAAUUUUACUUUAAAUUAGUAAAAAUGUCUAGAAAUAAAGGAAAUAAUCAUAAAUCAAUGAUAUAAACGGGAGAAAUGCUAGCUUUGUUGACAGUGUAAGAUGAUUUUAUUGACGAGGCACCGUUUUAUUUAUGAGAAUAAAUUAAAAUAGCAGAUCAUCUGAAAACAUUAAGAUGACUUUAUGUCUGAAGGAGAUGUUUCUGAAUUGGGCCUCAGUUUUCAUUUUAUUUAUUUUUUUACUCUGAGCACAAACAUUCAUCGUAUUUGAGCCACAUUUCUAGACUAACUGCAUAAAAAAAGUGUCCAGACCCCCAGCAGACUGGGCCCCUCUGCAGCCACCACUACAGACUUUUGGGCGUACGGUGUUUGUGGUCCUCCAUGGGAAACAGCUAAACGUGCAGGGUUAGUGGUCCAUCAGCUCCAGGGUCGGAAAACCAGGGACGUUUUAGCUAAUCAGCAACCCCAACUUCAUAAAAGCGGAAGUGCCAAAACAGCAUCACCUACUCAGCAGAGAGGAGAGCAGAAAACACACCUGUUUAUAUUUUACUGGACGCAUCAUCGUCACCCAGAAGCCUUUGAUCUGGUUCAAGACUGGCCUGCUGGCCCUCAGAUCAGACGGUCACUGCCUUAAAUAUUAAUUUAUUUCCUUCUUAAACUUUCAAAGCCCUGGCUAAGAAAGGGCUGUAUGGAGAUGCAUUGCUUGGUAGACUAGUGAGGCUAGACGUUAGCGCGAGGGCUCCCUGAUGCCCCGCGAGGGCUUCUGGAUGCAGCUUGGAUCUUUACAUUUAUGCCUUUUCAUCUUUCACGUGUGGUCAGUGUUCAGACUGGCCGAGCUCGAUUUGGCGCAAUGACCCAGAAAAAGUGGAGUUUUUCUGAGGGGUGUGUAGUUAUGAAGGCUUUAAUAGUCUUUCAUUUUCUUUUAUUUUUUAUUGUCUUUUUAGGAAACAGAGGUUUAACCCAUCAGUCUGUGUUCAGGCGGUGCUGAACUGGAGUGUAACUGCUCUAAACUGGGCGCCUCAUGAGGUUCCAGCUUGUGCCUGUUUGGGCAGCGGUCAGUUCUCCAGCAUAAGCUCUGCAGGUUUCGCCCACAGACGCAGGUGCUCAUGUUCUUGGUGCUAAUUUAAUGUUUAAUGUUUAAUAUUAGACGUCUGAAGACCCGUCAGUGUAUAUUUGCAUAGUGUACUGUAGAACUGUAAGUAUUAAUAUGAGGGUGAAUCGGCGGAUUGAUGUACGGCGAUGUUUCUCUAUUAAAUGUACUGAAGGUAUUUAAAUGCAGAUCCUUAGGCUUUGGACAUCAUUUGAGUUCUGUAAUUACAUUCUAGAUUUGGUGGAUACCGAUUGUAAAUCAAAAUUUCAUGUAAAUUCAUAUUGAUUGUUCCAAAAUUUGUUUAAAGUUUAUUGUUUUUCACCAAAUAAAUUAUAAUUCAUA